GCGAGGGGCGGGCCGGGUCCCAGUGCAGCAGAGCCGGUGGACCGCAGGCGCUGCGGGCUCAGCUCCCAUGCGGGCGCAGCUCUGGUUGGAGGCUGGGACACGGCUCUGGCAGUGGCUUCUGGAUGGAGCGAUGACUGGACGGUAACUUCCAGGUCUGCAGACAAGAGAAGAUGAAGGAAGAGUGUCCAUCCAGCUCUCACGUGCCCAUCAGUGACAGCAAGUCUAUCCUUAAGUCGGAGCUCUUGAGCCUGCUGAAAACCUACAACUGCUACCAUGAGGGCAGAAGCUUCCAGCUGAGGCACCGAGAGGAGGAAGGGGCUCUGAUCAUCGAGGGACUCCUCAACAUCGCCUGGGGACUCAGACGGCCCAUUCGACUCCAGAUGCAAGAUGACCGGGAGCGAGUGCACCUCCCCUCAGCUUCGUGGACACCUGGACAGCCCAGCUGCCCACUAAAGGAACCACCUCCCCAGGACAGCAAAGUUACUACUGAGGAACCAAGCACUCAGACUGUGCCCAAAGCUGAGAGCUCCAGAGAUGGCUCAGGGUCCCUGGAGGAAGAGGAGGAAGUACCACAGUUGAUGAGGACCAAGAGUGAUGCCAGCUGUAUGAUCCAGAGGAGGCCCAAGUGCCGUGCACCUGGCGAGGCCCAGCGGAUCCGCCGACACCGAUUCUCCAUCAAUGGGCACUUUUAUAAUCACAAGACCUCUGUGUUCACUCCUGCCUAUGGAUCCAUGACCAACGUGAGGGUCAACAGCACCAUGACCACUCUGCAGGUGCUCACCCUGCUGCUGAACAAGUUCAGAGUGGAAGAUGGCCCUGGUGAGUUUGCACUCUACAUCGUCCAUGAGUCUGGGGAGAGGACAAAAUUAAAAGACAGCGAGUAUCCACUGAUUUCCAGAAUCCUGCAUGGACCCUGUGAGAAGAUCGUCAAGAUCUUCCUGAUGGAAGCUGACUUGGGCGAGGAAGUCCCCCACGAUGUCGCUCAGUACAUUAAGUUUGAAAUGCCGGUGCUGGACAGUUUUGUUGAAAAAUUAAAAGAAGAGGAGGAAAGAGAAAUAAUCAAACUAACCACGAAGUUCCAAGCCCUGCGUCUGACAAUGCUGCAACGCCUAGAGCAGCUGGUGGAGGCCAAAUAGCAAGCCAGCACAUGUCUCUUCUAACGCCCAUUGCAGCAAGUGCACAUGGAGUCCCAGCAGCCAGGCCUUGACUGGUCACACUGAUUAAUGGCUGCCUAAGGAAUCUAGUGCCUGUGUUUUUAACCUGUCUGAAGUCUAAGCAUUGUGAGUCCUGCAUUCCUAUCCUUAGCUCCAUAGUGAGCACACACAGGAAGCAGACCCAGGCCCCAGGAGCCAGGAACUUGCCAAUUGUAUUCUGCUUGGCAGGCUAGCCUUGAAGUGAUUGGCAUCGAAACUGUGCCAAUGGCUGUGUCUCCUGCUGAAUAGUAUCUGACUAGCCCCUGGGGUGUAGGCUUCAUCCAUUUGCCUAGUACCUGGCUUAGAGUUCCAGUAGGGCCACCAAGCACUGUCCUCAUUCUCCAUGUGCACCACGAGAUCCCUGUCUAUCCCAUAUCAUACUGCUACUUGGUUACUCUACUGGGGAAAGCAGGCGCUGCCAGAAGUUAUGGGAUGUACCCUGUUUCCAGCUAUCACUUUAUCACAAUAUCCCAGGCUUCUAAACCUCUUUGCACAGCCCAGCACCUCUACUGCAAAGCCUAAAUCAGGAAUAAAACCAUGGGGAACCCAUCUGCUUUCUGCAGAGAUCAUUCUUCUGAACAAAGCCCAAAGGAAUUAUUAAAAGAAGCUUGCUGAAAGAAA